UUUAAAAGUAAAGUUUUGUUUGUGUUGCCCGUAAUAUUCUUUUUUGAGCUGUGUCAGUUGAAUGAGAUUUAACAAUAUUGUUUUGAUAUGGAAAAAAUUGAAAAAAAUAUACGGCCCUAUAUGUCGUGCAUUAAGGUGAACGGCACACCCAUUUUACCGCCAAUUAUUACUCCCGCUAGACGUGUGGAGUUACUAAGAGACAAACAGAGAGCUGUGCAAAUCGAGAACUCGUUGAAGAAGAAACGGGAUGAUGUCAUCUCAAAAUCCGACGUUCCAGUUGUUGACGACGUCUGGGCCAACAAAGAAUUUAGUUAUGUGCCUUAUGAAUGUUUGGAGAGACGAACACGACAUUUGAGUUUGGAUGUUGAUGAUAUUUCUGACUGUCAGGAUCACAGUAUAGAGUGUUUUGAUAAAGAUGUGACUCUCAGUGGUAUAUCACAGGUGACAACACAGGCUGAGAGUCUUCCAGAUGAUAGCAUACAACCACGACUCAUUAGAAGCAAUUCAUAUGUAAUUGAGAAACCAAGUCCCUGUUUACUUGCUCACUUGGAGCAGACUUCUAAUAGGACUACAAGUGAGGCAACUACCGUACAAUCAAUUGAAAAAGAUUGCAGCCCUGAUAGUUUUUAUGGAACUCCACAAUCAGAUAUGUCAAUUGAAAAUACUUUAUUGGAGAGGUCUUGCCCAAUAGAAGUGGUGCAAACUGAUGUUAUUGUUCAGCAAAUAACAGUACAUGCAGAUCCUAACAAUCCUAUUUUUGAUGAAAAUCCUGUAACUGCAAUAACAAAACCAGAUACAGUUGUUGCUGAUAGUGAGACACAGCUACUGAAUGUGUUGAAAGACAUUCCAGAGGAAUAUUCAAAGCAGAUAAUUGAUUUAAUACAUCAGCAAAAGUCAGAACAACAAAAGAGGUUGAUGAAUUAUGAAAAUCUUAUGAAACAACUUUUUGAUUCUAACACGCCAUCAAAUGGUAUAGUCAGUGUUCCAGUUAAUAAUGUGUCUUCUGUAUCAUCCACUCAGUUAAUAUUGCCAGAAAAUGAAAAAGAAAAAUCUCCUAAUUUGAUUACUGUGUCUUCCAGAGGAUCUGUUGAUCUUACACCACAGUUAAUAGAAGACAGAGCUGUACAAAAGGCAGCAGAGAAUAGUGCUUCCAAAGUUAACAGGCAGCUAUUUCCAAAUAUUGAUGUUAUUAAAGAAAAUAAACGACGGGAGGACUGGGCUGCCAGUGUGAUUGGAGCCUACGCACGUGGUUACUUAACCAGAAGAUUGUUGAAGACUGACAAAGUGCGUGGUCUGAUCGAAACGAUUAAGGAAACACUUGUUUGCGCUCUUCAACUGCACGGUAACGAAUCCCUUGAUGAAUACGACAUUGAACUUCACAGAAGACUUAUUCAACAGGUUUCCGCAGCGUGUUUCGCCUUUCACGAUGUGUUUUUCGCGCUCUCCGUACAAGAACAAAUGAUGCUGAUUGCCGCAGAUCGACAGUACAAGAGGGAGAAAGCUCUAAGGCCGCAGUCGGCGAGGUCGGUUUCCAGUCGAAGCUCUUCCGUUGGAAGAUCACCGCGACUUCCCAGAAGUGCAAAAGUUUGAUGGGAAUCUAAUCAUCUUCAAUACUGUGUCCCAUCCACUUUUAAACAUAUUGUAAAUAUGUACAGAUAUAAUUUCGAAUACCAAAGAAAACGGAAUGAUAAUUAACGCAUCAGCAGAGCUUUUUACUUAAACAUUUGUAGUUUUAGAGCUAAAAUAUGCUGACGAUCAAACUUUAAUGACUGAUAUUCUCUCAUAUGUAUUGUUUAGAGAUUAUUAAUAUUUUCAUAAUUUUAUAUGACGUAAUAAUAGUUACAAUUAAUUAGUUUAAAAUUUUUAACAAGCACUGCCUUAAUGAUUUGCUUAAAAAGCGCUUUUUGUAUUAAUUUAUGUUUCAUAAUUGUAAUGUGUCUUAUGAGAGGCCUUAAUAAAUUGAUAUUGUUUAUAUUUUAAUCUGUUGUGUACUUGAAUUUAUACAGUUGAUAUAAAAACUUAUGGAACAACAUGAGGCCUUAACUAGAUUUAUGGCUAUUAAUUGAAGAGUCUUGUAAUUUAAUUUCAAAAAAUGGUUUCCGAUAUCCUAUCCGUUGAAUUAUAGAAAGAAUACAGUGUAAUUGUUUUAUAUAAAUAUGUAUAUAGAAGCGUGCAUUUCCUAAUUAACAAAAAAUAGUAAUUUGUGCUAAUACUUUGGCCACCACUGUACAGGAUUUCAAUUAACAUUAACUACUUAAAAAUACCAAUACAUAAAUUAAUCGAAUAUUUAUUAAUUAUACUAUUUAAUAAAACAUUAAUUCAGCUUGUAAUAUAAACAGUACUGAUUGACUAAAUAAUUUAAAACAAUAAACAGAGACGGCUGGUGAAAAUUAUCGCCUUGGCUCUAAUAUAUACAACACGUUUGUUAUAAACAAAAAAAAACAA